AUGGCCAUCGGCACCGGCAUCACCAUGCAGCUAGGUUACGCCGUCGCCAGCCUCAAGGUUCCCCCGUCAGACAUCUUCAGCGCCAUCAACCUGCAGAACGUCGCCCAGAUCGGUGCCACCGUCCUCUGUCUCGUCAUAGCCGGCCAGGUGUUCCAGUCGACGACCGUGCGGAACUUGACUGGCGUGUUGGCAGGACGCGGGUUCAGCGAGACGGAGAUCCAUGGCGCGGUGGCGGGGACACAGAGUCCACUGUUUGAGAGCUUGAGUGGGGAUUUGAGGGACGAUGCUGUCGGGGCUAUCACAGCUUCUAUGCAAAGGGCGUUUGUCGUUCCGUUGGUGGCGGGGGGUGUGGACUUGGUUGGCUCGUUGUUGAUGAAGAGGGAGAGGUUGUUUAAGUAA